AGGAAGUGGUUACACUUGGCUAAUUCCUAGGGUGACAGUAGAGUCGAGUCAAGUUUUUGGCGCCGUUGCCGGGGACGGCUAGGUUGUUGAAGAAAAGUGAUUUCUGUUAAUUUAGCCUUUUUCUUUUUGCUUUGUUUGCUUUGUCCCACUUGUGCCUUCACGGGUUUGCUUGCUUGAGUGUGUGCAGGUAGUGCAUGACCCGUAGCCAGUCGGGAGGUUUACUGCCGUUGAAUCCAGAGAUUGACCGCACCUGUCGCCAGUUCAGGAGACAACAGCGAGCUAGACUGGCUACGGAAGAGCGCAUAGACGGCCACCUGAGUAGCGAUUCUGAAGAAGAGUACGGGAUGGACGGAGACUACAAUCAGCACCAGGGGAAUCCGCAGCAGGUUCCCCCGGUGAAUCAGGUCCUGGGGAACAACCCCAUACCCCAGGAUCAUGGAGUUCAUCAUCCACAGCAGCCGGGUCCCACCAUGGAGUACUACUACACUCCGCGGAUUGCUGACAUCCGCCCGGUCAUUCUCUACCCGCCUAUCCCAGCAAACAACUUCGAGAUCAAGCCAUGCUGGAUUCAGCUCAUUACAUCUUCCAUCCAGUUCCAUGGCUUGAAGGAUGAGGAGGCCAGGGUACAUCUGUCCCGUUUUCUGCAGUUGACGAACGGGUUCAAGCUUAAUGGUGUCCCGGAUGAUGCAAUCCGCCUUCAUCUUUUCCCCCAUUCUCUGGCGGGGAAUGCUAAGAGGUGGUUGGAAACCCAGCCUCCAUUGUCCAUCACCUCUUGGGACGAUCUGGCUGACAAGUUCGUGCACAGGUACUAUCCGGCAUCGAAGACUACAGAGAUUCAGCGGGAGAUCACUCACUUCCGCCAGGAGCCAGAUGAGUCACUUCGUGAUGCAUGGGAGCGGUACAUGGGAUAUUUCUGGCAGUGUCCCCACCAUGGCUUUAGUGAUGCAUUCACAGUGGGGAACUUCUACAGUGCCCUCUCCCCAGAUAGCCAGAGAGUGAUUGAGUCUCUAUGCCCAGGAGGGGAUAUUCUCACUAAGACUCCACCCGAGCUGAACCAGAUGAUUAAUACAUUGGCUGCCAGAGAUCAUUCCUGGGGGCAAAGCAGCAGAGGCAGACAUUCCCGGGACCGUGGUGUGCACGCCAUGGAGUCCAGAUCCGGACUCGAGCAGCAGGUAGCUGAGCUGGUGCAGACAUUGAAGCAGCCCAACAGUCUUAUUCCGGGCAGAGCUUUUUGGCAUCAGUUUUUGGGGCCAGGAUGAUCAUUUUUUUUAUCCAAUUCGUUCUUUUGUUUGAUCGAAUUUUACAAUGUUUUAAAGCAUUGGUGCUUUAGUUUUUGCCUUUAUGGUACAACUUUAGGUUGUACCUAUAGGUGUCAAAACAUAGCCCGACCUGAUUAACCCGCCCGAUCGACCCGACCCGCAACCCGAUCGCAACCCGAAUUGACUAAAAGUCAACAACCCGUAACCCGCCCGACCCGCAACCCGAUUGACCCGCAACCCGAUUAACCCGCAACCCGACUAACCCGCAACCCGAUUAACCCGAACCCGAUUGACCCGCAACCCGACUAACCCGCAACCCGAUUAACCCGAACCCGAUUGACACGAACCUGACUAACCCGUGACCCGACCGACUCAACCCAAAUUUCAUCUAAUCCACUUGAAUAAUUAUAAAAAUAUACAAUACAUAGUUUUUCAAAAUAAAGUUUUUCAUUCUAA